GUUCCUAUCCGGACCACUUUGCACGGUAACACCGGAUGCUGUCGUGCGACGAACGAGGUUGAAUAUUUUUCUCAAGUUUUGCCUUCGAUUUUGAACGCGUUUACUCCAUACUCUGACGAACCCAUCUCCGUGAGAAUGACCGACCGGUACAACAUCCACAGCCAGCUGGAACAUCUCCAGUCGAAGUACAUCGGUACAGGACAUGCUGACACCAGCAAGUGGGAAUGGUUGGUCAACCAGCACCGUGACUCUUAUUGCUCCUAUAUGGGACACUUUGACUUGCUCAACUACUUCUCUGUUGCUGAGAAUGAGAGCAAAGCACGUGUUCGCUUCAACCUAAUGGAGAAGAUGCUUCAGCCGUGUGGMCCACCAGCAGACAAACCUGAUGAUGCUUAGGUUACAGAGUGAACUGUGUGGAUACUUGUCCYCCUACCCACCCAGCUGAGUUGUGCUUUUGGACAUUCAGUUAUUUUUUUACAAAAAUAUAUAAUAAUUCUCAUCACUCUGUAUCUUGGCCAACAAUAAUUACAUUAGCCUAUUARGAUGAAGUGAUUUAUUUACGUAGAAGCCAGUAACAACAUGGCAACUGAUUGUUCAGGAACUCACCUUUUUCCUUUGAUGAUGAAGAAUUUCUGUCGCAUCUUUUUUUCUUUUUUUUUUUUAAGUUUCAUGUUCCAGCAACCAGCAAGACAAAUUGAAUAAAAUCUCAAAUUAAAAAAACAAUCUUUGUAAAACAGUUUGAAUGCAGGACUACUUCUGUUCUAGAAAUUGUGGAAUAACAUGAAAAAUGACAA